GACCGGGCCGGGAGCUGGAAGGCAGCGGCGGCGGCGGCGGCGGCAGCAGCGAGCGCCCGCGCUCCGACGCCCCCAGGCGGUGGGGCGCAGAGGGCCCGGAGGCGGCUCCGAGCGCGGACCUCGGCAUGUUCAGGAUGUUACUGUUCUUGCUGUUGCUGUGGCUUCUGCCCCCCACCGAGGGGUCCCAGCGUGCUGAACCCAUGUUCACUGCAGUCACCAGCUCGGUUCUGCCCCCUGACUAUGACAGCAACCCCACCCAGCUCAACUAUGGUGUGGCAGUCACCGAUGUGGACCAUGAUGGAGAUUUUGAGAUCGUUGUGGCAGGGUACAACGGCCCCAACCUGGUGCUGAAGUAUGACCGGACUCAAAAGCGACUGGUGAACAUUGCAGUGGAUGAGCGCAGCUCCCCCUACUAUGCGCUGCGGGACCGUCAGGGGAAUGCUAUUGGGGUCACAGCCUGCGACAUUGAUGGGGAUGGCCGUGAGGAGAUCUACUUCCUCAACACCAAUAAUGCCUUCUCAGGGGUGGCCACGUAUACGGACAAGUUGUUCAAGUUCCGCAACAACCGGUGGGAAGACAUCCUCAGUGAUGAGGUCAACGUGGCCCGAGGUGUGGCCAGCCUCUUUGCCGGGCGCUCUGUGGCCUGUGUGGACAGGACGGGCUCCGGACGCUACUCUAUCUAUAUCGCCAAUUAUGCCUACGGUAACGUGGGCCCUGAUGCCCUCAUUGAAAUGGACCCCGAGGCCAGUGACCUCUCCCAGGGCAUUCUGGCGCUCAGAGAUGUGGCUGCUGAGGCUGGGGUCAGCAAAUACACAGGGGGCCGAGGUGUCAGCGUGGGCCCCAUCCUCAGCAGCAGCGCCUCAGACAUCUUCUGUGACAACGAGAAUGGGCCCAACUUCCUCUUCCACAACCAGGGUGAUGGUACCUUCGUGGAUGCUGCUGCCAGUGCUGGUGUGGACGACCCCCACCAGCACGGGCGAGGUGUUGCCCUAGCCGACUUCAACCGUGACGGCAAAGUGGACAUCGUCUAUGGCAACUGGAAUGGCCCCCACCGGCUCUAUCUGCAGAUGAGUGCCCAUGGGAAGGUCCGCUUCCGGGACAUCGCCUCGCCCAAGUUCUCCAUGCCAUCCCCUGUCCGCACAGUCAUUGCCGCCGACUUUGACAAUGACCAGGAGCUGGAGAUCUUCUUCAACAACUUUGCCCACCGCAGCUCCUCAGCCAACCGCCUCUUCCGUGUCAUCCGCAGAGAACAUGGAGACCCCCUCAUCGAGGAGCUCAACCCUGGUGAUGCCUUGGAGCCUGAGGGCCGGGGCACAGGGGGUGUGGUGACAGACUUCGAUGGAGACGGGAUGCUGGACCUCAUCUUGUCCCACGGGGAGUCCAUGGCUCAGCCGCUGUCCGUCUUCCGGGGGAACCAGGGCUUCAGCAAUAACUGGCUGCGCGUGGUGCCUCGGACCCAGUUUGGGGCCUUCGCCAGGGGAGCUAAAGUCGUGCUCUACACCAAGAGGAGUGGGGCCCACCUGAGGAUCAUUGACGGGGGUUCGGGCUACCUGUGUGAGAUGGAGCCUGUGGCACACUUUGGCUUAGGGAAGGAUGAAGCCAGCAGUGUGGAGGUGACAUGGCCAGAUGGGAAGAUGGUAAGCCGGGGUGUGGCCAGUGAGGAGAUGAACUCUGUGCUGGAGAUCCCCUACCCCCAGGAUGCAGACCAGCUUCAGGACCCAGCCCCACUGGAGUGCGGCCAAGGAUUCUCCCAGCAGGAAAACGGCCAUUGCAUGGACACCAACGAAUGCAUCCAGUUCCCAUUCGUGUGCCCUCGAGACAAGCCUGUGUGUGUCAACACGUAUGGAAGCUAUAGGUGCCGGACCAACAAGAGGUGCAGCCGGGGCUAUGAGCCCAACGAGGACGGCACAGCCUGUGUGGAAACCAAAGAAGCUAUAUUUUGAAAAUGAUGGAACCAUAAGUUGGGAAGAGCCUGGGUCCCUGAAUCAGCCUGGAGGAGAUCCACCUGCUGGUCAAAAUCACCUGUCUGGGAUUUAACUGAGCCAUAAAUAAACUUCUAGUUUAUUAUUCCAUUAAGAUUUUAGGGUGCUACCUUACAUGGUAUAGUCUCAUCUCCUCUUGGCUUUGAUCCAUAUGUUCUCAAGUAGCCAGAGUGGGAGGGGCCAACACCCUUUCCAACUCCCAAAAUCCUGAGCCUUAGAACACUGCCUCUGAGUGACAAAGAAUCUGUUUCCCUCCCUGUAGAGUAUUUUUGGAGUCUUGAGGAGUUGCUAGAAGAUGGUAUCAGACACAUUGUAUACUCCAGAGCCCUCAUCUCCCAGUAAAGCGCAAUAUAACAGAUUCAUCUGUAGUUGGUGAAGGGUGGAUUUAAGGCAAGGCAGCAUCUACUGGCUCUCUCCAUCCACAAUGACUCAGUUGUGAGGUAUCGAAAGGCUCUUAUGGAAAGAAGGUCCACUGACCUGGGAGCAGGAGAUCUGGGUGCCACACUACUCUGGGACUCCAUUUCUUCAGCUAGAAACUGAGAAGCUAGAACAACGUAGUCACUUAAAGCCCAUUCCAGCCCUGACAUUCGGGAGGCUUUUUCAGGGAUUACGAAUACAAAUGUUUAUAGGGACUAAGCAUAUAAGUGGGCUGGGUAAGGGCUGUGACUGAUCAGAGAACUCAUGCCUUGUCUCAGGAAAGCGACCAAUCACUGCCAUGCGGUAAUGUGAGCCCAGGAUGCUGUGCUUCCGACAUCUUAUGAGAAGCCAUAAAUCCAGAUUUCUUUAAUAUCAAAUAUCUUGAUUUUUUAAUGUUUCAAAUAAAUUUUUACAUUUGUAAGCAUGAAGCAGAUCAAGUAGGCACAAUCAUGAAUGACAUUCAUUCCUAGGACUGCCAGUUGAGGACCUCUGAAUGAAGAACCCCAUCACUGGGGCCCUUGGGCCAGAGCCAGAGCCAGGCCCCAGGCACUUGCCAGCUACUUAGUUUUCAGGAAGUGAGUGAGAGUUUUCAAGAGAUCUAUGAUGCUCUGAAAUCCCAUAAGAGGAUCCCAGAAUAUGCACACACCUCACUACAAGGCCACAGCUUCUGUGUCUCCCCUAGCAGCUCCCCCAGGAUUUCUUAACUGACUCUGACACCUGGGCUUCUCAUCUACUUUUUACCUUCCUCAGCUCUGCCCUCUCUCCCACCACUGUCCCCAGGCCUGCCGGCAGCUGAGUAUAAACAGGACCAAGAGGCAUUUUGUGAAGAAGAAAGAGAAAAUCAGUGGUAAUAUCUGUUGGCACCAAUUUUUGAACUUCAGUAGGACAGGGAUAGGGAGGCUGCCUGAAGAGUGGGUCACACACCUGAUAGAGCCAACCCGGUAGAGGUGGGGAGGAACAAGCACUAGAGUUCAGAAGAACACUCCCAGUCCCAAUCUGCCCACAUCAAACAGGAGGCCCCAUCUGGCCCACAUCUCCAUCCUCAUUAAAAACUAGCUAAUUCCAGAGGAUGCAUUUGAGGCUCAACUCAAGAAUCAGGAGAUUCAGCUAAUGAACCAACACCAUGCUCCCUGGCUGCUGGGGCAUGGAGGAGGAAUGAGGAUCAAGAGUCACAAGCAGCCAAGUCAGGCCUCAGGAUGGAAACCCAAGCAUAAGGGCUUCCCUUCUUCUAAGCCUACACCAGGGCCAAGCCCAACCCACUGUCUGCUGGUUGAUAAUUCCAGGCCUCAGAGAUCAAACCUCCAAAUGCCUUGCUUGGAUAAUGCUGCUUGGGUGCAUUUAAAAACCUCUUAGAGGGGAUCCCUGGGUGGCGCAGCGGUUUGGCGCCUGCCUUUGGCCCAGGGCGCGAUCCUGGAGACCCGGGAUCGAAUCCCACGUCGGGCUCCCGGUGCAUGGAGCCUGCUUCUCCCUCUGCCUGUGUCUCUGCCUCUCUCUCUCUCUCUCUCUGUGUGACUAUCAUAAGUAAAUUAAAAAAAAAAAAAAAAAAAAAAAAAACCUCUUAGAGACCAAACUUCACCACUCAAAGAAGCCCUCCCUGCCAGACAUUUCCCAGUUGUCCCUGGCUAUCUGGACUAUUUCCCAGGGCAGACCCUGCUCCCGGUGACACACAUUCACAGAGGUUUGUCACUCAGGAAAUGGGCUCAUUACAGUUUUCCAAAUGAGGUCAGUGUAUCACUCAGGAGGCUUCAUCCCUCCUCUGAGUUCCUCACACAGAUUCCUCCCCUAAAGCUAACUCCUGAACAGAAAUUAAGAAGCAGAGAAGAUCUAGUUCCCAUGCCUUCCAUCUAGAGAUCCAGGGACAUGCAAUGUUUCUCAGUGUCUCUCUCUCUCUCCCCCUCUGUCUUCCUGCCCCUUCCUCUCCUUCUCCCCUCACCCUCUGUUCCUCCCCUCUUCACCUCUCAAAACACCUUCUGCUAGAACUGAGGACCUCCCACUCAGACUCCUAAGGGAAUGGCCAAGACGUUUGGCAUGAGGUAUUCCUUCUCCCAACAGGUUUUUCCUGGGAAUCUUAACUCAGUCCUAACAGUAAAAACAGCCUGGGGAGAAUGACUCAGUCCACAGCCCAGGGAACGUGUACAUUCUGUGCCUUGGCAGAGCUAAGGCUUCCUCCCUCAGUGCUGCCAGCAGGGUCCACCUGAGGCCAAAUUGAGAAAUGGGUAAUGUUUGUCCUCUGCUCUCCAUCCCUUCUGGGCAUUCCUCUGUCCCUCUGCCCUCAAGCUGACCCAGCCAGGCUGAACAGGGAGCCUGAGUCCUUCUGCAUCCCUUCCCCCAUCACAGCCUCAUCUCACCGCCCCUCACACCCACCUCUCUGUUGAGCAACACUGUUAGCUAAUGGUUACACCUGGAUGCAGCAGAAAAGACACUGACUAGGGAGGCAGAAGAUUCCAGCUCUAGUUCUUGUCCUGCCCCUUUUGAGCCAUAGUUUAUUGAAUAAACUCUCACAUUCCAGUUGCAUCAUCUGUAAAAUGGGAUAAUGAUGCCUUCCUUGGCUUCUUCAUAGGGAUCAGGCAAGCUUCUGAGCCUGUUAGCUCAUCUGUUAAUUGGGGAUAAUAAUACCAUCCUUGCCCACUUCACAGAGUUGCUCUAAAGCUCAAAGGAGAUCACACAUGUGAUAGUGCUUUGUACACAGGAAAGUGCUACAUUCACAGAGGCAUUAUGAGCAGAAUCUCUCCCUGGGGAGAGUCAUGCAUGCUUCACAGCAGCCUCCUAGAAACACCGCCUCAACCUAGAGAUGUGAGCCUGCUGUUUGGAAUUUGUAGACCACAACAGACCUGAAAUGGAGAUAUGAUGAGACAGAGGAGCCUCCUGGAAUCUGGCAGGUCACAUCACAGAUGUGGCUGCCUUCUCUGCCCACACUGCUGGCCCAGCUAGGCCCAGGUGGCUGAAGUUAUCUCUUCCUGCCCAAUACCAGCAGCCUUUGCUGCAGCCUGGCAGCCCUAUCUGGAAAGUGACCAGAUCCUUGGCCGUUUCUCCUUUGUUCUUCCUGCUCUUCUCAGUGACUUUGGCACUUUCUGAGCUUUCUAAUUAUUUAUUUAUUUUAUAUUCCUCCACCCUAAAAAUCAAGCUCCAUGGGUCUGCUUUGGGCUUGCCCCCUCACAAGGUCCUGGGGAAGGAGGUGAGCCCUCCUAGCUAAUCCUGUGCCUUGUCACAAAGCCGAGUGGCACCAAGCAACUGCACCUUGUUCUGUGGUGGCCACGACAGAACUGCAACAAUAACACUUGGUAUUGAUGUGACACUGCUCACCAGGAUGCCCAGAGGCAAUGCACAGAAUCAUUCAAAAGCCUGUGUUGUUCCCCUGGCUUGUGUUCCAGCUGGGUUAGAAAUGGGGAAACACCACAAAAAGAAUCAACAAUCAGACCUGGGGAGGCCCUGGUGUCCUGAGUUCCACUCCAAAAAUCCAAAGGAAGAAACUUUCAACUCUGCUGCUAACAUGCUGUGUAUCAAAUAGGUUCUCCCCUUCUCCGUGUGUUAGCUUUACCGCUUAUAAGUGAGAACAGAAAGAGCUCCAUUUCCCACAUGCAGUGAGGGACCACGGGUGGAAAUUCCUAGUCUCUUAAGUAUUGCACCGAGACUCUGCCCUCAGCCAACAGUCCCUUGGUUCAGCUUUCAAGACCCUUAACG